AUGGAGUUCCCAAUGGUACGCGUGAGAGAGUGCUCCAAGCCACCAGUUCGAGGGAAAACCUCACCUUAUGGAUUCUUUGUGAAGAUGUGCUAUGAAGAACACAAGAAGAAAUAUCCUAAUGAGAAUGUUCAAGUGACAGAGAUCUCAAAGAAAUGCUCAGAGAAAUGGAAGACGAUGAGUGACGAUGAGAAGCGACGCUUUUAUGAGCUUGCCCAGAAAGACGCUGAGCGAUAUCAAGCUGAGGUCGCUGCUUAUGGAGGAGAGGAUUCGAUUAGAAAAAGAAAACGAGCAAAAAAGGAUCCAAAUGCUCCAAAAAGAGCAUUAUCGGCUUUCUUUUUCUUUUCACAAGAUAAACGCCCCGAAGUUCAAGCCACACAUACCGAAUGGAAAGUGAUGCAAGUUGCCCAAGAGCUUGGCCGAAUGUGGAAAGACAUGAGUCCAGAACAAAAAGAGAUCUAUGAACGACGUGCCCAAGCCGAUAAGGAACGCUAUAGUGAGGAAAUGGGAACGUAUAAAGCGGCAGUUGGUCAAGGCAAUCAAAUCGACGAUCAGGAUCCCCAUGUGUACGUGGAACAUCAACCCAUGCAUCAAAUGGCUUCGCAAGGUCAUCACCCU